CGCCAUGGUUGUAUCUGUCACAUUGAGGAGUAGGAGUGGGAAGGAGUUGGAGGAUCCAAAGAGCAAGAAAAAUCCAGUAGAAAAGGAGGGCAAAGCAGUUGUAGAGGAAGAAAGUGCAAAAGCUGAAAAAUCUGACUUGCAUAGGCAAACUGCAUGCAAUCUGCCUGUGCACCUCCAAAAGUACAAAAAUUCAAGAAUGCAGAGGUAAAGCCUUAUGAACCUCCCGCACCCUUCCCUCAGAGGUUAAUGAAGCCCUUGGAAGACCCAAACUUCAAGAAAUUUGUGAAUCUCUUCAAGCAACUUCAUAUCAACAUACCGUUGGCGGAGGCACUUGAACAGAUGCCUACAUAUGCUAAAUUCUUAAGGGAGUUGCUGACAAAGAAGCGUAAAUGGGCUGAUGUAGAGAAGGUAACCCUUACUUCUGAAUGUAGUGUUGUGAUUCAGAAUAAAUUACCAGAAAAGAGGGAUGAUCCGGGCAGUUUCACCAUUCCAUGUGUCAUUGGAGGUAUAGAGUUCGAUAAAUCACUCAGUGAUCUAGGAGCAGGCAUUAAUUUGAUGCCAUACUCAGUCUACAAGAAAUUGGGAUUGGAGAUGUUCUUAAGCCUACUCGGAUCACUCUCCAAUUGGCUGAUCGAUCAGUAAAAAUCCCAAAAGGAGUGGUGGAGAAUUUAUUGGUGAAGGUGCGAAAGUUCAUUCUCCCAAUAGAUUUUUUGAUUCUGGAGAUGGAAGAGGAUCGAGGAGUGCCUCUCAUUCUUGGUAGACCUUUUCUUGCCACUGGCGAUGCACUCAUCAAUGUCGGGAGCGGCAAGUUGACAUUCCGGUCGGUAAUGAGGAGGAAAUUUUUAAUGUCUUUCAAAUUGAUCAUAAUCACGAUGCAUUUGAUGACUUUGAAAGUGGAGCUCGAGAAAGGAAAAAUUCCUCUUCAUGUGAUAGUGGACCAUCCGAAGAACUAUCACCUAUCCUAUCUGCUCAAAUUCUGAAAUCAAAGCGAGGGCAGAAAUCCUUGCCAGGUCACCUCAAGUAUAGAUAUUUGGGUAAGGAUUUCAAUCUUCCUGUUAUUAUUCCUUCUUCCCUGACAUUGAAACAGGAAGAGUACUUGCUUGAGGCACUGCAAUUACACCUACGCCUCACUAAGGGGUCCAACAUGCAAGCUAAGAAGGUCAUACCCAAUUUUCGCACACCUGGCCCUGCAGAGGUGACUCAUAUGUUGGAUGGAGGCUAUGCAUUCUAUCAUUGCUCGGGAGGGUAUUCUGGAUACCUUUCCAUACCCAUUGGUUGAAAUUUCGAUGAACGCCGGGCUGAGGACGUUAAACAAGCGCUUCUUGGGAGGCAACCCAAGGUAAGUUUUCUUUUUUGUUGUGUCAAACCAGUGCAUGUUUAGAUUAGGAGUUGAACAUUAGGGACAAUGUUCCAUCCUGAGUGUGGGGUGGUGAGUCUUAGUGUUGUUUGUCCCUGUUGCAUGUGGUAAAAACAAAAAAAUAAACAAAAAAAUAAAAAUCUGUCAUUUGGGUUGUGCACAGCCAAAUUGCAUGCAGUCUAUUUGUGCUGGUGCAGUCUGCCUGUGCUAACCUAAUGGCUAAAAAACACCUAAAAAUCAGAAAAAUUAAAAACAAAACCUUGUACUCUUGUGGUAACAUGAUGUAAAUGACUGUGAUGCGUGUGAAAUGAGUUUGUGCUUGAAGUAAAUCAUCAAAAUCAUCCCACUAGUGUUGAAUUGCAAAGUUCUUCACAAUGAGCUUGAUAGUUUGACUGACUUGAUAUGCUUUGAAUGAGCAAACUCUUUUAGCAAAACUCUCUUUUGUGAGGAUAGUGUAAUAACUUAUGGUAAAGUGGUUAGGUGGAGAACAUUGACCAUUCGACAUGUUUGGAUAUCGUGCUUACUUGCAUCAUUUGUGAGCUUUUGAUUUUGCAAUGAGUCUCUCUGUUUUGAAUGUUUUAGAUGGGGUGAACUGUAUCUUUAUAAAAGAAAACACUACCUGACAAGUACAAUAUAAGAACGUUGCCAUAACAAUUAAAGUGUGGUAAAAUGCCAAAAUCGUGUGAGGCAAUCACUCAUUGCACAGGGGGGUUAGGAAAGGUUCAACUGAGUAUCGGUUCGCGACCCUACGAUGUUGCUUAUCAAGUAAGAUCCCCCGUUGAGUGAAGUGUCGUUUGAGGAUGUGCAGUGACCCUCCACACGGACCGAGGAAAAGGAGUUGAAAGAAGCCCUUAUGCAAGUGCUAAGAAGCAUAAAUUGCUCUUGCUCGGUCAACGGUAGUAAGAAAAAAAUCCCACUUGUACUAAAUACGACCACUCGGCAAGCAAAAUCAGAAAGAGAGAAAGACUCUCCUUGUCAGAAAAGGUAGUGAUGUGCUUAAAGUUAAAAUCAUGUUUGCGAAAGGCUUCCCCCAUUACUUUUUGAGACUCUUGUGCUUAGUUGGUUGCUUAUGUUUUAUGUGAGUAAGCCAGAUUGUCCUCACGAGAUAUGCACCUCACUGAUGUGGUUAGAUUCUCCUAAUAAAUGUUACACCAUAAG